CAUCGAUUGGUUUGCGAUAAAAGACUGCGCAUGCGGAAUAGUCGUCCUUCUGUCGCUCGACCUUGCACAAGAAGCUUUUGUUCCUGAACCGUGUGUUGUUGUAAUAAACUAUCAUAACCAUGUCUCCCAAGAUCGGAAUCAAUGGAUUUGGCCGUAUCGGCCGUCUGGUGCUGCGUGCCGCUGUUGAGAAGGGCGCCACCGUCGUUGCCAUCAACGACCCAUUCAUCGACUUGAACUACAUGGUCUACAUGUUCAAGUACGACUCGACACACGGCAGGUUCAAGGGUGACGUCAAGGUUGAGGGAGGCAAGCUGAUUGUGAACGGAAUGUCCAUCUCCGUCUUCCAGGAGAUGAAGCCCACCGCCAUUCCAUGGGGAAAGGCCGGCGCAGAGUACGUCGUUGAGUCCACCGGUGUGUUCACAACCAUUGAGAAGGCCAAUGCCCACAUCCAGGGCGGCGCCAAGAAGGUUGUCAUAUCCGCACCUUCUGCCGAUGCACCCAUGUUCGUGAUGGGAGUGAACCAUGAGGACUAUAAGCCUUCCAUGAACAUUGUCAGCAAUGCUUCCUGCACAACCAACUGCUUGGCUCCCAUUGCCAAGGUGGUCAAUGACAACUUCGGCAUGAUUGAGGGUCUGAUGACAACCAUCCAUGCCUACACUGCUACACAGAAAACCGUUGAUGGCCCAAGUGCCAAGCAAUGGAGAGAUGGUCGUGGCGCCCAUGCUAACAUUAUCCCAGCAUCCACUGGAGCUGCCAAGGCUGUCGGCAAGGUCAUCCCAGCCCUGAACGGGAAGCUGACCGGCAUGGCUUUCCGUGUGCCCACACCCGACGUGUCAGUUGUUGACUUGACCUGCCGCCUGGAGAAGCCAGCCAGCUAUGACGCGAUCAAGAAGGCCGUCAAGGCUGCUGCCGACGGACCCAUGAAGGGAUACUUAGAGUACACUGAGGAUGCUGUUGUGUCAUCUGACUUCAUCAGCAGCCAAUCUAGCAGCGUGUUUGAUGCCGGAGCAGGCAUUGCCCUGAACGAGCACUUCGUCAAGCUCGUUGCCUGGUAUGACAACGAGUUUGCCUACAGCUGCCGUGUCAUUGAUCUGAUCAACCACAUGGCGACCAAGUAAAUGCGCUCGUCAGCGCUGAUGAGGAAAUCUGUUCUAUGGACGCUGAUGAUACUUCCCUUCACCUUAGCACUACUGCUUUGUGGCCGGCGCACUCAUUAUCCCAUUCGCUCUGGGUUUUAGCUUUCAUUCCGAUUGUUCUCAAACAGAUUUCCGGGUGUUCUUGUUGAAAGUAGCAUUUAUUGUUAUAUAGGAGUGGUUCUGUUUGUAUCGCUUGAUACGUGUAAAUGCAAGUUCCGUUCAGCUGAAUUAUAAUGAAUAGAUGUCACCGAAAAUGAAGACACUUGUGUAGCUGUUACUUGUUUAGUCCUAUUUGGCGAUCUAUGUGGUCUUUGGCUUUAACGGAGAAAAAGAGGUGUAAUUAAAUAUUCUAAUAUUUGCUGCUAGUCACUGGAGCCCGGUGUCCAAUAUGUAACUGUUAAAGGCUUAGGAUAGUUGAUAUAUAUCACUGUAUUCUAAAUUGUUAACAUGUUCACCUCUGUGUGCUGAAUAAACAAUCUGAAUUUAUUCGGUUAGCCUAAAA